CUUCCGGGCCGAGGAGCAGGAUGUUGUUGUUAGCUUUAGCAGCGGUGGAGGAGGGGAUGCUGUAGUUUCACACACACGUGGACGUUUUAAAGUAAUCGGCUGAGGUUCACCUACAUUCAAAAUGGCUCCAGAGAGACAGUGUAUCCUCUGUGAAACAGUCCACGCCUCCAAACAGGAGAUGGAGGAGCACAUGAGAAGCAUGCUGCACCACCGUGAGCUGGAGAAGCUCAAAGGCCGGGACUGUGGACACGAGUGCAGAGUGUGCAAGGUAACAGUGGUGAGCCUGACCGAUUACGCCAGCCACAUUUCCAGUCCUGUGCACAAGCAAAAUGUGGAGGCCGCGGAACAGAGGCAAGCUGGGAACGACAACGAGGACUACUUUGACCAGGCUCUGGUUGACCUGAUCGAAAGGAGAAAAGAACAGAUCAGAAAAGAGAAGGAGGCUGCUGCUGCAAAACUGAAAAAAGAAGAAGAAGAGCAUAAGAGAAAGGAGGAAUUUCAGCAGAGGUUAAAAGAAACCAAAGACCGUCUCCGGCUGGAGUGUGGCUGGCAGCAGCCAUCACGAGGUUUCAGUGGUCAGCACAAUACUUGGUAUGGUAGCAACCGGUAUAAUGCUAGACCAGGAGAGCCGUGGCCCUGGCACAAUAACCAGCCGGGAAAGAGUGCCACCUGGCAUGCUCAAGAGCCUCCCAACUUUCAGAGAUGGUCAUCAGACGAGUUCACUCAUGACAGUUUUUGCACAGGGUGGGACGACAGGCAGUGGGAUCAGGGUGGAUUUUCUGCCAACCCGCAGUGUCGACUGCCUUGGCUCAGCAGUGGAGGAAGUAAUUAUGGAGUCUAUGGACAAAACAACAUAUCCCAGUUCUCUCAAAGAGGUCGAUCAAUGAACUCUAUGGGCCAAAUUCCUUCUAAACCACCUCCCAACAGUUUUUUUAAUAGGCCCUUUAACCAGUUUCAACAAAUGGGCAAUGAAAAGGGACAAACAGCAGAAUCUGACCACAAAAGCAAUAAAGUCUCGAAAACCUUUGGUAGCAAUCCAAAGUUGGACAAAGCCUGUCGCUGGUCACCCUAUCCAGUCACAAAGGGCUUUGAAACUGUGCUUCAUAAGGACACAAACCCAAUCUCAUCAGAAAUGCCUAAUGUCCCUAAAGCCAAGAAGCAAGACAAACCCCCAGAAAGCAGUGCCUUAAACAGGCUGUCUCUACCAGAACAGAAUCCAGGAUCCUUGCCCUCUCGUGGCCAAACUGUGAAAGAGAAAUGGAGGCAUAAAACAAAACCUCAAGAGCUCAAGCCCAUAGCUGGGAGUAGCAGCAGCAGUAGCAGUAGCAGUAGCAGCAGCAGCAGCAGCAGCAGCAGCAGCAGCAGCAAUGCUCAGAAAGAAGGCUACCACACCUCUGCAUGUGCUUCCUCUAUUCAGAAGGCAAAGAAACUACUGCUGAGUAAAGAGAAGAAAGUGUCCUCCCUUUCUGGCCUCAACACUACAGUGCCACCCGCCAAGGUCUCCAGUUCAGGACCCUCUCAAUCAAAGCCGACUCCAAAGCAGAGUGGACUCAGCUCUAAUGCUCCGUCUGUUGGGCCACUCAAAACAAGGCAACAACUACAGCUCCCAGAAGCUGGCAGAGCAAGGCAGACUGCCUUAGAGAAGAGAGGUUCUUUGGAAAGCUCGAGUAACAAGAAAGAAAUGUCACUGCACAUUGUGGAGAAGCAGCAGAAGGAUUGUCCUCAGAGCCAGAUUGGAGUGAACAAAGAAAACAGCUGUAGGCAAAAUGCAGCUAAACCAAUUUUAAGUGUCGGGCCAGAAAAGCCUCUGUUGCAUUUUUCAGACAGCAGCCAGUUCCUUCAGUCUCUACAAGUUAGUACCUCCACAAUAGAGAGCUCAGAGGCCGCAGCCUCAAGCAGGCAAGAGGAGGAGAACAGUAAGAAAGUGGACAAGAAGCUAAGCUCUUUAGACACAGAUGAAGCCAUGCUGGCCAAUGAGGCAGGACAGAGCUCAGAGAGUGACAACUCCAGAGGAAGUGGUGAAGCACAGUCAGUCUCAGGAUCCAGCACAAAUCUGUCCAAAUUGGACCUCCCCUCUGUCUUGAAACGUGACCUGACCAAACACAUAAGCUCCAAGAGCAAAACAGGAGGCCACGAGCCCAACCUGAACAUAGCCAGGCGGGUGCGAAACCUGAGUGAGUCUCGGAGAAGUGACUCAGAAAAGGAGUCGGGACUCAAACCUACUGUGCGGCAACUCAUUAGCUCCUCCGGGUCUCGACGCAAUGUGAACUGGGAACAGGUGUAUCAGGAGGUCAGGAAGAAGCAGGACAAAGGGAAAGGCAUGCCAAGGUUUGGGAUAGAGAUGGUGCCAAAUGAGCAAGAGGACCAAAGCCAGGAAGAAGAUGACAUUGCCCUGCUUGAAGGUGUUCACUGGGAGUCGUUAAUUGGCAUCUCAGCUCCAGGUGCCACACGAAAACGCUCCUUAUCAGAGAGUAGCCUUGCUCCUGAAUCCACCCCCUCCUUGUUUACAUCCCUCAUGUCAAAGGAGAUGGUACAAAGAGAGAGCCUCAACGUAGAGCAGCAGGAAUCGUCUGUGUCUCCCAUGCUUACUCACGGGAUCAAAGACGUUCGCUGUAAACAAGAGGCAGAUUACGUUCUUGAUCAGUGUGAGGCCAGAACUCAGAAGCAGCCUGACAAACUGACAUCAGCGACAGUGAAGGCCAUACAGAGAUCCGAUUCAGUGCUCGGGGACAGCAGUUCAGGGACGGAGCAGUUAGACGGUCAGGGAACAGGAAAGAGACGAAGAGCAGUUGGGGAUGUUCCAAGUGCAGAAAUAUCUAGUCUGGAACACAAUAACAAAAGACGGAAGGUCAAACCUAAAAAAGACCGUUUACAGAUUGACCAGCUGCUGGCUGUGUCUCUGCGGGAGGAGGAGCUGAGUCGCUCGCUGCAGACUGUGGACACCAGCCUGAUCCAGGCCCGGGCUGCACUGGAGGCCGCCUACUUGGAGGUGCAGCGUCUCAUGGUGGUUAAACAGCAGGUGACUGCAGAGAUGAGCUCACUGAGAAACAAGCGCAUCAAGUUGCUUAAAGGGAUCCAAGGUAGCUCAGAGGACACACCUCAUAUUAAACUAAAAGAGGAGAAGAUGGAUGCCACAGAUGCAGACCUGUACAUGGCGUCCUCUAUUAUGCUUUCCUCUGCUGUGGACACUGUUCCUGCUGCUGCUGCUGCUGCUGCUGCUGAUAGUCCUAAUCCUCCUGCUCAACCUGCCUCCCCUCCACCCUUCAUGUCUGUAGUUAUCAAAGAGGAGCCUCAGUCGCCUGUCUAUGUCAGCUCAGGGCUGGGUGCUGUGGACAUUAUGACCCACUAUGCUCACAGCACAACACUGGAGCUGCCUGUCACUCCUGCUGCAGCAUUCCCACCAGAUCCUGACCUUAGCUUCCAGCCAUCUCCUGAAAGAAAUCCUGAGCUAUACCAAAGUAACACAGGGAAACUGGGAGAGGCCUCUGCCUGCAAAGAAAGCCCAUCAGUACUGGUUGAGGCGACGGAGAAGGACAUACACACCACAAGGAGCAGUCUGACCCCUUUGACCGAGUCCAAAACCUCAAAGCUGCUGUCACCAAGCACGAGGGGCUCUGAGCUGGGGAGUGCUGCUGAAGUCACAGCCACAACGUUCACUGUGCCAUCUGUCCUCACUUUGCCGUCCUCUCCACCUGACCUGAGCAACGGGAAGCGAGUGAGGAAGCUGAAGAAGAGGAAGGUGUUGAAGAAGGCUCAAGGAACGGAGCAGCCUGAGAGUAGUGACACUGAGAUGGACGGAGAGCUCUUGAGGCCCAGGUGGCUGCGACCACGACGUAGAUCCAGUGGAGGCUCUCAGGUUUCCACAUCCAUUCUACCUGCAGAAGACAGAGAGGCCAACAUGAACGUGGAGAACAGCGAGGAGACGCAUAGGCAGCUGUCUCCAACCAUCAAACUCGAGGAAGCAGACUAUGAUUCCUCCAAACACAUGGUGACACUUCCUUCUUCAGCCCCUACUGAGCUGACUGAGAAUGUAGAUUUUGAGGAAAGCAUGGAGGUCACUGCAGCCAGUCAGCUGCUCCACACGGAUGCUGUGGUUCCAGAUUUCUCCAGACCCGAGCCACAGAGUCUGGCCUGUAACGAGGUCACCUCCACAAGUGACAUGGACAUAUGCAGAUCCUCUGAGAGUGACAUGCCAUUUGCCAUCACACUGCCUAAGAACUCAUCAGAUGCAUCUUCUGAUCACGGUGGGGAAGAAAUGGCCACAGAGGGGGUGUUUGAGGGCCACCAGGAGGCAGUGAAUGCCAUGCAGAUCCACAACGGGCUGCUGUACACUUGCUCAGGAGACCGGACUGUCAAAGCCUUCGACCUGGUGAGUCGCAAAUGUGUGGCAGUGUUUGAGGGUCACAGCUCCAAAGUCAGCUGCCUGGUAGUGUCCGUGGCUCCCUGCCUUAAUCAUCGCCUUUACUCUGGUUCCAGUGAUCAGACCAUCCGCUGCUACAGUCUCAAGACACAAGAGUUUGAGCAUCAGUUUUCUCUGUUGGACCGAGUCCUCUGCCUUCACAACCGCUGGAGGACUUUGUAUGCAGGCCUCGCCAACGGCACAGUGGUGACCUUUAACCUCAAGACAAACAAGCAGAUGGAUGUGUUUGAGUGCCACGGACCGCGGGCCGUGAGCUGUCUGGCCUCAUCGCAGGAGGGAGCACGGAGGAUCCUGCUGGUCGGCUCCUACGACAACACCAUCAGCGUGAGAGACGCCAAGAACGGGCUGCUGCUGCGUACACUGCAGGGACACACCAAAACUGUGCUCUGCAUGAAGGUGGUCAACGAUCUGGUGUUUAGUGGCUCCAGUGAUCACUCAAUCUACAUGCACAACAUCCAUACAGGAGAGCUGGUGCGGGUCUUUAAAGGUCACAGUCAUGCUGUUACUGUGGUGGCCGUCCUGGGGAAGGUGAUGGUGACCGCCUGCCUGGACAAACUGGUCCGUGUCUACGACCUGCAGUCUCACGAGCAGCUGCAGGUCUACAGUGGACACAAGGACAUGGUGAUGUGUAUGGCUGUUCACAAGAGCAUGAUCUACACCGGCUGUUAUGAUGGCAGUGUGCAGGCUGUCAAACUGAACCUGAUGCAGAACCAUCGCUGCUGGUGGCACGGCUGUUCACUGGUGUUCGGGGUGAUGGAGCAUCUGCAGCAGCACCUGAUCAACGGACACACCGGUGCCAACUUCAAGAUGCUCAAGUGCCGCUGGAAAAACUGUGAGGAUUUUUUCUGUGCGCGCAACAGCAGCUCCAAACAGGUGAUGCUGUUGCACAUGUGUAAACAUGCUGAAGAGACUGACCUGGAGCCUUGAAGAGCCAUUGGUGGGGACAUUGUUUCCUCCUGAGUUCUCUCUCUCUUCUUUCCUCUAUCUUUAAUGACCCCCCCCCCCCCACUGUCGUUAACCUCCCAUAUUGGGGGGGAUGUUCACAACAAAAACCAAUAAUCAUCUUUGAAAUAUGGCAUGGGCUAGGUUAAGAGAUGUUUUUAUUGUUGUAGUGCAGCUAUGAUUUGUCAUGUUGAGCAACUCAUAGUCAUUUUUGUUUUGUUUUUGAAGACAUGUUCGUCAUACACUGAAAGUACGACAGCGAUGUGUGAAGAUGUUUGAAGGAAUUUGGUUGAAUUGACAGAAUUAUUUAUGGUUUGGUUUUUAUUUCCAGAAGAAGCCAAGUUUCUUUUUUCUUGUUUUUGUUUGACGUAGCGAUUUACAUUUAUUUUCCUUUGUUGUUGUUGUUGUUGUUGCUCAUUCAGGCGAUUUAAAGGUGUUGAGGGACUUUGGUGCAGUGAUGCGUGACGACGACAUGUGACAAUUUUACAUUUGCAGUGAAGACAGAGCCAACACAUGGAUACAGUUGUGUGUGUGUGUGUGUGUGUGUGUGUGGAUUUAUGUCUCAUAUUUGUCGACAGAGUGGUUUAAGAUGUGUUUUCCAUGAGUGAGUGUGAAGUAAUGUUUUUACAACUCUGGGUUAAGGUUACCCUAACCACUGAUGUCUGAGAAAUGUUGUGUUUUUUGUUGGGAAAUUAGUUUUUUAUUUGGAAUAAGGAGCAGAAGGCACCGGAGCUGUAGCUUCCACAGUUAAGAUUGUUUUCUAACAAAGUGUGGAGGUGAAGGAUGUUUUAGAGGAGGUGUAGGAUGGAAGAGCUUGAAAGGGAAGAAUCAGGAUUUGUCUCUCAUGCCAUACAUCCCCCCCAGGCAAGUUGGUACAAACACAAAACCAGAACAUUAGUUCAAAGGCACGUUCAACCAGUUUUAACCCGUGUGAAAGCCAGACUUUGUGUGGUUACAUCUCUCUUUGGUUUGUAACCUGAUGAUCUUCUUCAAACUCUCCUCCUCUCACUUGUUAUUUAUGGCCGACAAAAGCGUGCAAUUCACCUCUUACCUGGCAUUCCUGAGUUUCUUCAAGUUUUUUCAUUUAUUAUCAAUGUUGUGACUUUUUUAUGAAUGUGCAAUCAAAAGAAAUUGUUAAUUGUAAUAAAACAACAAUGUUGCAACAGUAUAAAA